CAGGAAGUCCUAACUUCUCCGGGAGCGACUUUAACGUCAGUUAGUUAGUCGCAGCCGGCGGUCGAACCCGCAACCCGCCGCCGGUGACUUGACCCGCGGUCGGUCGGUCGGUCGGUUACCUCCCGCUCCUCCACCCACCACUCGGAUUUAAAAUGCACGGACACCCGACGACGCCGACGCGGGAGCCGUUACUUCCGUCCCGCUCGCAGCGAGUCGCCCGCUGAGCGUCAUGGCCAACGUCCAGGUGGCCGUCCGCGUGCGCCCGCUCAGCGCGAGGGAGCGGGCGGAGGAAGGAAGGCUCGCCGUCCAGGUGGAAGACAAGCUGGUCAGGGUCAGAAACGUGAAGCCGGAUGGACGUGCCGAUGGUGCUGCAGAUUCCAGGGAGAAGCUUCUGGAGUUUUGCUUCGACUACUGCUACUGGUCGGUGGACCCCGCGGACCCCCACUACGCCUCGCAGGAGGAGGUGUUCCAGGACCUGGGUGUGUCGGUGCUGUCCGGCGCCUCAGAGGGCUACAACGUGUGUCUGUUUGCGUACGGACAAACGGGAUCGGGAAAGACAUACACCAUGAUGGGGACGCCGGACUCCACCGGCUUGACCCCUCGGAUUUGUCAGGGUCUCUUCCGGCCUGAGGACACUGUUCCUGAUGAGCAAAGCUCGAGCAGAGUGGAGAUCAGCUUCCUGGAGAUCUAUAACGAGCGGGUGCGAGACCUGCUCAGAGGAGGAGAGCCGAAGAAGAGGGCCGGCCUGAGAGUUCGAGAACACCCGGAGAAAGGACCCUAUGUCCAAGACUUGUCCCAGCACGUGGUGUCGGACUGCAAGCAGGCCAUGGACCUUUUGGAGCAAGGCAUCGCCAACCGAAUCACCGCGGCAACUCACAACCACGAUGCCAGCAGCAGAUCGCACGCCAUCUUCACCAUCCAGUACACGCAGGCAAUCCUAGAAAAUAACCAUCCCUCCGAAACUGUCAGCAAGAUAAACCUGGUGGACUUGGCUGGAAGCGAGCGAGCCGACCCGCACUACUGCAGGGACAGACUGACGGAGGGCUCCAACAUCAACAAGUCGCUCGUCACUUUGGGCAUCGUCAUAUCCGCUCUUGCACAGAACUCCCAGAUGUCCAGCAGCUGUCAGAGUAUCAACAGCAUGGCCUCUGAGGGCGACGGCAGCACGGUGGGCAGCCACAGCAGCUCCCUGUCAGGAGGAGGAGGAGGAGGAGGAGGAGGAGGAGGAGGAGGAGGGAGGAGGCACUGCUUCAUCCCCUACAGAGACUCGGUGCUAACCUGGCUGCUGAAAGACAGCCUGGGCGGCAACUCUAAGACCAUCAUGAUUGCCACCGUCUCGCCCUCCUCUAGCAGCUACAACGAGACCCUCAGCACGCUGCGCUAUGCCGGCCAUGCCAAAAACAUCAUCAACAAGCCCCGGGUUAACGAGGAUGCCAGCGUUCGGCUGAUCCGGGAACUGAGAGAAGAGAUUGACAGGCUGAAGAGCAUGCUGCUCAGCUUUGAAAUGCAGCGUAAUCUCAGUCCAUCCCUGAGCGAUGAGAGGGAUGGAAAUCUUUCUGAUAUUGUGCAUCAGAACGAACUCAAGGUGGAGCAGCUGACGAAGGACUGGUCGGAGAGCUGGAGAGACAAGAAGGAGCUGCUGGAACAGUACGGCGUGGACGUCAACCGAGACCGGGCCGGGUUCCUCAUCAACUCCCUCCGACCGCACCUGGUCGCUCUCGAUGGAGAUGUUCUCAGCACCGGAGUCGUCUUCUAUCACCUCAGGGAAGGACUCACCCACAUAGGACCUCAGGAUCCGUUUGAAAAACCACAAAUAGUUGUGCCGGGCGGCGCCAGUUGUGUGGUUGAAAACCAGGGAGGUGUGGUAACGCUCAGACCGCUGCCGGGCUGCGCCUGCUCGCUCAACGACCGGGAGGUCACUGAACCCUGCAGACUGGCUCAAGGGACAGUGAUCACCUUGGGAGGAGUUCACAAGUUCCGCUUCAACCACCCAGCCGAGGCGGCUGUCCUCCGGGAACGCAGGCGGGCAAGUGAAGGUGGCAUGACCUGCACCUACAUCGACCUUUGCCCCAUGACCCUGGAUCACAGUGUCGAAGAUGUGAAGCUCCCAGACCAGCUGGGUGCCGGUGUCUCCCCCACUGAGGAGCCCACUGCGAGGCAGCGUGUGGAGGAGCAGCAGCGCUAUGUGGAGAGUUUGCGACAUGAGAUUCAGGCUGAACAGAGGAGGGCUGAGAGGGAGCUGGAGAGGGAGCAGGCCCACCUCCGACAGCAGCACUGUGAGAUCAAGCAGUGGAUUCUUCAGGAGAAACAGCGUCUGACAACCACAGAGCUGAGAAUCACCCGAGAGUCCGGUGUCCAGACGGACCUCGUCCCCUCGAGCCUCACCCCGGAGCCAGUGGCGAGUCCUGCGCGUGGGAGCCAGGAAGGUCGGACGGUAGAUCGACCAUCCGUGGUGAUACGGGCCAGGAAGAGGGCGGUGCAGGAGGAGCUACUGAAGCAUCACGCCCUCCGCCGCUCCGAGAGCCGCAUCCGUCGGAAGACGUUGCACUACCAGCUGGAGAGGGUCGCCCGCAAGCGGCGUCUGUUGGAGGCAAAGCGGGAGUUGCAGCGGCUGGAGGGGGCCCUGCCUGCGGGACUCGACAGCCCACAGUCUCCCGAUCUGGACUCCCCCACAGCGCCCAGAGGAAGAUCGCUCGCUUCUCGUAGACACUCGUUCUCGGCGGAUAUUCUGUCUCGGCUUUACCCACAUAACACCCCCAUCUUUAGGCACUUCCUCAAGAGAAACAGAUCCACAGAACUGACGUCGAAUUCCUCCACAGCCUCGGAUGCCAUUGACGGCAGGAAGUGGGUUUCCGAUGAGUGUCUUCCUCGAGAAAGAACCCAGAGUUGUUCCGGUUCGCUCUCCUCGGGACAAAGUGAAGCCGGCCGCAGAAGAGCAAACUCCUCCGAAAACCUCCGACCAACCGGCAGAGAGGAGCUCCAAGCUCAGCCCAUCCGGGAACGACCAGAGAGAAAACCUCUGCUGCCGAACCGAGAACUGUCUUUUAAGAACAGAUUGGAUCAGAACUCAACAGGGACUCUCAAGUCGCCACAUGGUACUACUUUGCAGAAAGUCUGCAAAGAAAACACACAAGGAACCACAGCUUGCAAAACCAGUUCUCAGAUUGUCUCCCGGGGGAAUGAGAUAAAUCUUCCCCACGCAGGUAACAAUGGAUUGGAAACCAUUCAGAAGACCUUCUCUUGUUCUCUUGGGCCCACGUUAAAAACGUCUCUCUCCAAAGUAUUUAGGAAACCCCCAACUAUUGUGAGUGGAAGACGAAACCCCAAACCUCUGAGGAAGAUAGCAAGCCAGUUUCCCUGGAGGCAAAGAAGAGAUGGGAUCCUUAAAGACACCAAGCUGAGCCGGAGACAAUGUGUUGUUAGGGCGGCUGUCUCGUGUGAGGAGCUCGACCAAAGGACUGUGUUCGAGGACGUUAAACCCAAGCGCUGGCGCAGUACCGAGGCUCUGAUGAGCAAGACCAGCACGUGGGUCCAGAGACAACAGGGAUUGAUGGGAUGGGAGGAGGAGCCGGAGGAGAGGGACGAAGUAACGUCAGACUGCGAGAGCCUCUUCUCUCUCGACUCGCUGUCCUCUGCUUACGUGACGGCCCUCGCGCAGCAGCUGAGACGCGAGGAAGCGGCUUCGAGUGAAGCAGAGACCGAGGACAGCCAGAUGUCUGAAGACUCCUUGGUUGGGGAGGGCAGUGGGAGACACUCGACAGUGCUGACGGAAUGCUCCCUUUCCUCGGCGCGGCACCAGAGAACCCCAGAGAUCGGUUCGGACUGGAACAGCUGUCAGAAAGCUCCGGUGAUCCGAGGCGAGGCGUACUGGAGCCGGCAAAUUCCCCCGAAAUCAAGACAAAGCGGUGCCACAACAAGGCCUCCUUCCCACGACUUGUUAGUAGCAGGUGUUCCCAACCCGACUGAGGGCUUUGGGGACAUGCAGACCACUUCCACCAUCAGCCCGCGCUCCUUGAGCAGCUGCAGUGUGAAGGAGCCGGACAACGUGCUGGCCCUCACCGAUGCCUGGUCCUCCUCCGCAGCAGACAGUCCCAGGCUUCACAGGGAUUCUCUCCCUUUACAAGUGUUCACGGGUGUAGAGAGCAGCAGCAGCAGUCCCAGUCCAAACAGUAUGACCCUCUCGGACUGUCCGAGUGGACCCAGCUCCGCAUCCACCAGCACUAAGGGUGUAAAUGUAACCGUGCAGGAUCACGGUUGGGAAAUUGUAUGGGGCACAUCUGAAACGUUAGGCUCCCAGGUUCUAACCUCACCAGAGGAAGCCCUGGAGCAGGAAGGACGUUGUGUGGACCAAACGGAGAAUACGGGGAACGCAGCUAUGGAUACUCCGGACCGCAGCAUCAAAAGUCCAGACCUCGUGCUGACGUCAGAACCUCCAAGCGCUCGUGUGCCGCCCACCGAGAUCCUCUACAAUAAACAACAAGUAAACCUGCUUCAGGUGUUGCUGGAUGUGCCCAACAUGGUGGCAGCAGACGAAAUGUGCCGGUCAGGUUGUAAAACCGUCCCGCCGCUCUCUGAUACCAGCCAUGUUCAAUUAUUAAAAAGUGACCCUGUACGGGUCCUCAAACCGUUGUCUGAAGAUGAAGUACUAAGCAGAACAGAUGGUGCAACAGAAAAGUUGAAAAAUAUGAACCGAUCUGACCUUCGGAACACCAAACAUUUAUCGUCUACGCGGGACAAAAUGUUGGAUGAGGCUGAAACCAAAGAAGCUCUGACUGAGCACCAUAUUGCACUACAGCAGGAGCUUGUUAAAUCCUCUUGUAAAAAUUCCAGGAAGAGGAACAAAGGCCGGCGGGAUGCUUUCAUAGGUAGCCUGAAAAUUCCGAAGAGGAGCAACGGCAGUGAGGUGCUAACUUCCUUCACUGCACCAGUUGACGAUCGGGAAGAAGAUUUUCCUGAUGACCAUAACAACAGUGACUCAAACGGGGAACAAUCUGACGUGGAAGCUGACGGCUCCGGAUUUCAUUCCGUUUCCCCUGAUGGCGGCUUUAGGGAAGGCGCGGAGGCGCCGCCGGUUUCUGAUCCCAUGGGAAAGAACCCUGGAGAGAUCUUUAAUGACUCUGAGUGUGGUGACAGCGGUUCUCGGAGCGGAUCCUCUGCAGGAGAGCGCAAAGUAGACGAGAAGGGAGACAAAGCAAUUGAGGACGUAGCUGCAGAAACAAAAGAGGGGGAAUCACCACUUGAUAAACCCAGAAGACGUCAAGAAAGUAUAAAACACGUAUGCAAGUCGGAGGCUAUUUGUAGCGCCAUUGACCUGAGAAUCGCAGAAGUGGUUGAAGAGCACAUGAGAUUGUCAUUGAUUGGCAUCGAGGAUGAUAGGAAGAGCAGGACUCAAAGCAUGCGUGCCCUGUCGUCCCCCGCGAGUCAUUUUGGCCCAAAACGUGAUGAAACUGGAUGGAAAGAAGUCCAGCUGAGAGAGAAAGUGAGUGAUCAGGUGAUAAAAGGAACAAUCCCCGAAGGAUGCCUUGCACCUGAUCGGAUCAAGAGGGAAAACGCAGUGGGCAACAGUAAACACCUGGCGUCCGAUCUGCCAACCGAAUCAAACACUAGCCAUGAGAGCCACAUGCUUAAAUGUGCUGAAGCAACACAGAACGUCGACAAUGUGCACGACGUCUGUGAUGCGCUAUCAAACAAGCCGGUAACCUCUCAUUGUGUCCCAAAUGACAACGUCCAAUUAAACAUGAACCCCAACAGCCGGAAGGAGUCCGAGCACUCUGCCGGCAACCCCACUUUGCAGUCCCCUAGCUCGUCCUCCACUAGCCGUUCCUACAUUGAGUCCAAAGGAAACGCCGUGGGGAAAGAUGCUUUGUGCAGAGAAACAAAUGAUUCAGGUAGACAAAAAGGAACAUCCCGUCUUCAUCCCACCAUCGGCGAUACACGCUGGAAUGAAGUGGACACACGGAGCUCUUUGGUGGAUGGCCCUGCUUUCACUCCUGAGCUUCACCAAGUACGCCGGGGAACACCUCCCACUCUGGGUGGUGCAGAAGAAAACUGUGGGUGUAACCAGGAAAGAGAUGUCAGUACGGAGGGCACAUCGACCCGUCCGUUCGAACCGCACAGACGUCACUGCAGCCAGAACACACCUGCCUCCACGAAAGGCCUCUGUGUUUCUACUGUCCGUGAUAGAAAUGGGGAAACCAACCACUCACGAGGAGGUGGACCCAGUGUCACAGCACAGGAGGAGGCCAGUUCCAUACCGACUCAUUCAAGGGGCUUUACUCAGACCUGUGUGGUGAAUAUGAAUUACCACAACGAUUGCCAACAUGGAUCAAAUUCAGUGUGCACAUUUGUUAAGGACGCUCAAAUUGACAGCCAACCAGAUUACUUCAUGCUAAACGACGAAGAGACUCCAAGGCUCUUUGCAGAGUCAAAACACAAAGCGAGUAUUUCUGGUUCUGUGGAGCUGCAACGCCAAAAGCCGCAGGGGAAUGCCGUCAAACGUGCCGGUUGCUACGGAUCUGUGAUGUCCAAAGCGGUUCCUCCGCUUAAGGCACCUGCACCAGCUGACCAGCAGAACGGAUCUCCUCUCGUGUCUAAAAAGUCAAAGAGGUUGAGAAAGAGUAAGAUCCAGACUCAUCCCAUGUCUUCCACUGAGUCCUCUCCUAAGUCCUCAGAUGAGGACGAGGAGGACGACAAAACCCCCAGAGUGCAUCACAGCCGUCCCUCAUCGAAAUGGGUAAAGCUCGGCGCUCGGAGCCAGGAUGCGGAUAUGUGUGCUACGGAGUCAGCGAGGAAAUCUAAAAUGAAGACUUGCUCUGCCGGAACUCCGGGUAAAAGUGAGGUCAAAGCUUGCAGAGACAACAACCAAACAAUAGAUGCUCCACAAAGGACCCAUUCGGAAGAAAUUAUCCUGUGUGCAAAGAAAAGUGGACCGCACCAGGACCCCCCGAUGCAUUUCGCCUCCAGCGACAUCAACCCGUUCGUCCACCAGUGGCAGGGCGAGGACUCAAACCAACACUGCCACAAGAACCCCGCCUACGGAAGCGCCGCCGACCUGUCCUCUAAAACGCCGCUCUUGAACAGCGCCGAGAAACGCAUGGCGAGAUGCUGCAGUGUCGACAACGGUUUGAACGGGCAGAACUCGCCCUUCUACUCGCACUUGAGCGCUUACGCCACCCACAAGGGGCUCUCCAGCACGCUCAGCAGCAUGGAGGACUAUAAGGAGCAAGGCAGUGAAACCCGUCAGCGAGUCGCCGCUGGUGGCCUGACGGCGGCGGGUAGCUCUUCGAGUAACGGUGCUCCCGACACUUUCGGUGACAACUCCUGGCGGAUGCAUGAAAUUAGGCCCGCGUGCUCGUCCGAGCGAGACUCCAAGGGAAGCGAGGGAGCCGCCCGGAGGAGCAGCACGUGCGAGCACGGCACUCAGACUGAGCGCGGUCUUCGGGCGGUAAAUGGCGACGGCCCGACGAAGAGAGAGCGGCACAAAAGGAGCAACACGGAUGUACCAGGGGCACAGAAAACCAAAGUAGGAAUGAAGGAAUGUCCGACGUGGGCCAGCAUGGAAAACAUGUCGGCUCGCCUCUCAAAGCUGAUCGACAGCACCUCGGACCUGCUAGGAGACGUGCAGGGAAUGAGGACGGGCGAGGGCCUCAAGUCCAGUCCGAGUUCAAGGCGGACGACGAGCGUCAGCAUGUCCAAUAGCAGCAUCCCUCACGGCGACCGCGCGCGGAGGGAUCGCUCCACCCAAACGGCCGUCGAUGUGGGGGUCCAGACGGAGAGGGAAGCCGCUGCCGAUGGAAUGCCCAGCGAAGGGUCCAUAUCCCACGAGGUCAAUGUGAUCGUCAAGGUGAUCGGCUCUGAGGUCGUCCUCGAGUCCCCAGACUCUGCCGCGGCAAAAAGGCCCGCCUCCCCGUCAGAGAAUAAGGCGGCGGGCGAAUGUCGCCGACGCUUAGUGCCGGCUCCUUCACGGGGCUCAAAGCAGAGCCCGCACGAGGUGCCGCGUUGCGAAAGCGUCGCAAUAUCAGAAGUCGUUCGCAGGACAUCGGUAAAAAACAGCCAUCAAGAGAAUCCCUGUCCCUCUUUGAGAAAUGACCCGCCGCUUUCUUUAGAGAAACAAGUGGCGUUCACCGACCGCGCGUCGUCUCCCAUCCGUACUGUGGGAACAGGUCUACGCACGAGGAGGAAAGGAAACCAAUCCGUCCUAAUCAAACCCCAGAACUCUGAGAGCGAUGGUGCGUUGUCCAGCCAGCCAUCGGCUCGCUCAUCCGUUUCAGAGGGUGAGCGGAUACCGCGGCGCGACGUCUCCUCAGAAUCUGCCUCCCUUGGGAUGGCGAAGGAAACGAGUCGCCCUCUAAGCGUUCGAUAUGCCGACGCUGACCUGAGGAGUGUUUCCCACAGCGACUCCAAAUGGCCGAGUUCUUCUCAGCAGUGGAGGACCUCUACUUCAACAAACAGUUUAACCAUGCAGAGCCACAUCUCUCCCGCAUCGAGAGCCGAUGAAGUGCACAAACAACGGGCUGAAGCUACACAUCAGAACCAAACAUCAAGCUCCACAAGGCCCGCGGUCGAUUCUGUCGAUUGCGCCGAUCCUCGCAGUUCGUCCCCGGUCAGUCGCCGGACCGCCCGACUCCAAGAGGACGACGCGGCGUCGCUGGCGCCCAGCGAGUGCGACACGGACGUCCUGGUGAACGUCGAGCCCGUCACUGGCGUGUGCCAGCCUCCGCGGCGCCCGGCAGCCCCGGAGGACCUGCCCAUGCACAACAAGUUCACCAACUGGUCGGGCAUCAGCCUUCAGCGAUCGAAGGCCUCCGACAAGCCGGGCCCACUUGGCUCCACGGAGAGCUGCGGCUCCACCGAGGGAACCGGCGAGCAUGGCGUCGGAAGGGCCCGAGAGAUCGAGAGGCUGCGACAGGAGCGAGAGCAGGUGAUGGCCACCGUCAGCCUCAACAUGAACCCGGCGCCUCUGACCGUGGAGCUGACGGAGGCCAAGCUGCACUACGGCCUCGGGCAGACGGACACGCUGCUGAAGAUGCUGUCCCCGCGGAGCAGAGAAGAGGCGGAGCCGCAGACCUGCGUGCCUACCAAACGGCAGCUGUAUGACAGACACCGCAGGAGUAUCGAGGGUUCUAGGCAGGAGAGGGAGGAGCGUCUCCAGACCGAGCGGAGGGCUCGGAGUCUCAGUCCCAGCCAACAUCCUCGCUCGUCUCCACAAGAGGCAGCUGCCACCGCCACGGCGUGCGCCGCCACGGCCGGUCGCCAUAAAGAGUCACUGCAACAGCUCCGCCAAGAGGCGAGCAGAAUACCACCACCCCCACGAGGAGAGAGCCGCUGUCCGUCGGACAUUAAGCAGCUGCUGCGCGACUACGGCCGCGCCCGAGAGGAGGCCAGGACAGAGAUCGCCAAGGCGCGAGAACGACUGCGAGAGAGGACUGAGCAGGAGAAGAAGAGGCUUCAGCAACAGGCCCUGUUUCAGGAAGUCAGGGAUGACCUUAGACAUCGGACAAGAAUCAGCAACAGCACCUUAUGCACAGGAUCCAGCCUGAGUCUUUCCUCUGGACCAACAUCAGGGUACAACAGCGGAAACGCUCUACAGAACGGGAACAGGUCCCUUCUGACUGGACAGUUCUCAGGGUUUCAGGACGAAGGGCUAAAGGUCAGGACACGUCCUCCCAUGUGUGGGCCUCAAAGUGUGAAGUCUCAGAGAGCCUGGCUGUCUGCCCAUGAUGUCCGCCUUGAGCCUCCUGUCAGCGGGUUUGAGCCCCUUAUGACUUCAUCUCCCUCGACUCGCUCACGUCAACGCACCGCCUCCUUUGGAUCCUCCUCUUCCAUAUCCACGACCUAUCAGGACAUCACAUCCGGUCUCCUCGGCCGUGCUUUGGAUGAGGUGCGACUGGCUUCCUCAGGGGAUUUAAGAAACCUGCUGAUGGGCAAGGCCACAGCAGCCUGGAGGUACCAGGGAGAAGAACAAGGGGUCGAGGCUUACUACAAGCCCUCCUCCAGCCCGUCGGUCCAUAGUUUCCUCGGAGCCGGGGAGCUGGACAGACCUCUGGACAGUCUGUGGACCACAAUCUGCCAGCUGUCCAAGAGCCACGUGUAUAAUCAGUCGGUCCGUUCUGUGUGGACGCGACCACUAGAUGACAGCACCCAGCUGGUUUAUGCACUAACUGAUCCGUCCGCCUGCCACCUCAGCCAGCCGCGCGAUUUCUGCUGCAUCAGCACCGAGUCCAAACAGGGGGGCUUGUGUGUGCUGGCAAUGCAGUCUGUGUUCGAGGAGUCUCUUCCUCGUCCAAGUGUGGAUGCCGUCCGCGGGGAGAUGAUGCCCAGUUGCUGGAUCCUGCAGCCAAUCGGACGUAGUGGACAGGAAGCCACCAGGGUCAUUUACUUGCUACAGGUGGACUUAGGAACUCCAUCCUUCCCUCACCGACUGUUGAGCACUGUUGCCAGGAGACAUGCCGCUGUCAUCGCCGAUCUUGAUGAUUUCCUCGCCAAAUCCACAGGACUCCAGGCGACGCAUUAGCAGUGAGCACGCAGACUACACCGUCUCCAGCCUGGAGUUACUUUUUGAAUUUGCCCCUGAGAUUCAUUUACUUGACUUUGUUUUGUUCUAAGAGCACUGAUAUAUUGUUUCUCGGUCCCAAAGUUGAAGCAGCUUUUUUUUCUAUAUAUUUAUAUCUAUGAAGUUAUUUUUUAUAAAAUACUGAGGCUGUGUUUUUUCUAUUUGCGUUGUACAUGACUACAGUCAUAAUCCUGUUGUACCAAAGAAGAUUUAGCAGUCCAAGGAAAUAACUUGCCACUAUGCAUUGGGUGCACUGCUCAAUAUUUAAUUAACCAAGGCUACAAAGCCACCCCACCUAAUCACUCAUGUGACAAAAUAGGUUUGAAAUGAUCAGACUAUUUGGCAUUUAGGUCCCUUAAUGCCUUAAUAUAGGAAUAUGGUCUAUUGAUUCCCACCAUAUUAAGUUUAAGUUUACAUCCAAAUACAUCUAAUUCAACAAGGUCAACAUGCUACCUAGAAAACCUUUUUAAAAUCAAAUCGAGUUGAUCAGAGGAUAACCCAAGGUUACACUGAUUCAAAGUGUGUUUGAUACGCGAGUGUGUUUACUUCUAUCCAUCUAUCAAAGAUGGAUAUCGAGAUGCGGCUAGCGUUGUUGUCACAGUGACAGAUUAUACAAGAGGCAGUAACACUUUGUUCCGUGUCUGGCUCAAGCAGUUUUUGUAAAUAUUUGCAUGUAAAUGCUUUGUUUCAGCCUCCUUGGAUCGAGGAUGAGGGGGGUUUGCCAGAGAUGACUAUAAAUUAAAGCUGGGACACUGAAGUACACACAGGGGAAAGAUUUUGAAGGUCACUUGAGAUGAUUUUAUGUGAAUAUCCACUGAGUUGACACCUGAGUGGUCCUGGUGAGGUGGACCACAUCCAAAAUAUGAAGGAAAUAUUAGAAAAUGCAGUUAACCCGUCACAAAACAACAUUCAGAGCCCCGGGCAGGAAGUGAAACUACGGCAACAGCGCCCGUACGGCCCCCGUUGGAUCGUUAUCGCAUGGAAGGAAUCCCAAGAAUGAUUUCGCUUCUAAUGUCAUUUGAAAAGACUCUGCACCAUUUUCUCCCGCUACAGGAACCAAAACCCUUUGAAAGCGGUUGAGUAGCAAAAGUGUAUACUUAUGUAUACUAUACUUUUGGGUAUAAAAAGUCUGAGUAGCCAGAUCAUCUGUUCGGCAGAAGUGUCUCAGAGCAAGAUGCUGAGGAUCCAGAGAUGUUGCUCUGUGGCCGACCCCCCCCCUCGUAUGCAUAUUUGAAGCUGCAGCGAGACGCGGACAUGAACACGGUACCCCGAAUCUGUAUAAGCUCCGUUUUAAGGCCUUUUGUUCUCACCUCUUUUUGAAGUAUGUGGUAUUUACUUUGUUCCACUCGCCUUUUAUGCUUAGAACGCUGUUGAUUUGUGUUUGUGUAGUCGUCAUGGGGUUAUUAUUUUACGAGCAGUGCUGUUUUAUUAAUGUUACUUAUUAAAAAGUGAUUUGUUUGUGACGUACAGUGUUGAAGCUAUGCAGCGGUGAUCAAAGGCAGGACUGAGCUCGGCCGCGUCCUGAGAUGAAGCCAUAUUAUUUACAGUAGUUGAAGGUCCACAACUGUUUUGGCAGCAAUCAUAUUGUGAUUAAAGAUCCAAAGAGGUAAAAGACACAAAUACUGAAGACAGUGAGUGAAGGAACAUAAAACAAUUGUUUUAUACAGAGUUCUUUUUUAAAUGUCUAUAUAUUUGUACGUGUUCAUUUCAUUUUGUAAAAAGCUUUGUUAUUUAUGUUUUGAUGAUGUGUUGUAAGUGUAUCUUAUUAUAAACAACUUGCUUCCUGAAUCUUAUAAGAUGUUAUGUUGCCCGUGUGUUUGGCCGUUUUAUACAAAUACAAAACAUAUUUAAAGUGA